AUGCAUCUCGCCAACCUCGCUCUCGCCGUCAUGGUCACGGCCUCCCUUGCAGCACCUGCGAAGCGUGACAUCUUGCCAACCGUCGUCUUCACACCUGGCGCAUGGCACGGGACCUGGGCCUUCGACACGGUUAGGUCUCAGCUCGAGGCUCUUGGCUACUCUACGGAGGCCGUCGCGCUGCCUUCAGUUGGCAACACUGAUGCCUCCGUUGGGCUCGCUGAGGAUGCUGCUGCUCUUGCGUCCGAGCUGGCUAUGCUCACAGACGCCGGCAAGGAUGUCGUGAUGGUGUGUCAUAGCUACGGCGGUAUAGUCGCAUCCUCUGCCGUCGAGGGAUUCGGAUAUAAAGAUCGUUCAAAAACAGGACUUGGUGAGAACGGGGUCAUCAUGUUAGUUUAUAUGACAGCUUUUGCAGCGCCAGCUCGGACCAGUCUUCUCGACGCUCUCGGCGGCCAGUACUUAUGGUGGAUGACCCCAGAUGCAAGUGGAGACUUCAUCACCGCCAGCAAUGCAACCCAGGUCUUUUAUGCGGAUGUGGCAAACGAGACCCUUAUCGCGGAAGCCGUUGCUGGACUCAAGCACGAGCCUGCCCGUAUCUUUUCUGACGACAACACUUAUGAGCCUUGGAACAAUGGUGUCGAGGUCGGAUUUUUCUUCACUGAGCAGGACCAAGCCCUACCACUCGCAACCCAACAGUCUAUAGCCUCUCAGUUCCCCAGUGGCUACGUCUCUUACACAAUGAACAGCUCUCAUUCCCCUUUCAUGAGCAUGCCGGAGAAGGUAACCGAGGGCAUUGUUCUCGCAGCUGCUAAGGGUCUAGCUAAGAAAGCUUCUAUACACACGACGACAUAG